GUUCUGGAAGGGAAAGUUUCGUGCCUGUGUCCAAUUUCUGCUCUCUGAGGCAACCAAGGGAAGUGGAGCAAGAGAACUGGGAGUCCUUUCUGUCAGAUUAAAAGAGGACCAACAUGGAAACAAAUCUCUGCUUAGAGGUGAUACAGUCUCACCCAGACUUGGUCAUCCGUGUAAAAGAAGUGACUCUUGGGGAAGUAAAUCGAAAUAAAAUGGACUCAACGAAGAGAAAGCUGGAGAACACAAAAAUUACAAAGGCUGCCUGUGCUCUGUUAAACUCUGGAGGAGGAGUGAUUGAGAUACAAAUGGCCAACAACCAUGAUCAUCCUGUGGAGAUGGGACUUGAUUUGGAACAGUCUUUGAGAGAGCUUAUCCAGUCUUCCGAUUUGCAGACUUUCUUUGAGACCCAACAACGAGGAAAUCAUUUUUAUAUUUUUGUUAAAUCUUGGAGCUGCAGCCCUAGAGGUGGUUCUGCUAAGCCUCGUAUUUGCAGCAAAAAUUCUUCCUUGUACUGUAGAUCUGGAACUUCUGUGAUUGAAAUGAAUUCUAUAGAUGCAUUCACAUUUCUAAAGGAAAGGAAGAGUGUCAAAUCUAGUCUGACUGAUGAAGGAACUCCACCUGCUAAAAGAUCCAAAACUAUGCAUCAGAACAACCCUGAAUUAAAAUCUGCUUCUGAAAUUUUCCAGUGUGUGAAACUUGAAUAUGGUCAAGCCUUGCCUUUUCCUGAAUCUACUUAUAUAGAAUUUAAACAAUUCUCUACAAAAAAAAUUCAAAACUAUAUAAAAAAUAUAAUUCCAGAGUAUGUCUCUGCAUUUGCAAAUACCCUUGGGGGCUACCUUUUCAUUGGAGUGGAUGAUAAGAGUAAAAGGGUCCUGGGUUGCCCAAAAGACAAUGUUGAUUGUGACUCUUUGGAAAGAGUGGUAAAUGAAGCAAUAUCCAAGUUGCCAGUUUUCCAUUUUUGUUCAUCUGAAGAAAAGGUGUCUCACCAGACCAGAGUCAUAGAUGUGUUUGAAAAGGGGAAUUUGCAUGGUUAUCUCUGUGUGAUCAAAGUGGAGCCUUUCUGCUGUGCAGUGUUCUCAGAAGAUCCCACUUCAUGGAUGGUAGAAAAGGAGAAGGGUAUCUACAACCUGACUACUAAGGAGUGGAUAGACAUAAUGAUGGAUGCUGGUCCAGAGGCAGCUGCCAAUCAGUCAUCUUCUCUCCGUAGCCUGUGUGAAGACUUUGAGUCUCAGCUGAGUAUCUCCAACAGCCCUCCACGCUGCAGACCAGUGUAUUCUAAGAAAGGAUUGGAGGAUAAAGUCGCUCUCCAAAAGCAUUUAUUUUCAGUGUCACCAGAACGUUUGACAUAUACUCCUGAAUCCCUCUGGGAGGAGCUGUGCUCAGAGCAUGAGAGAUUGAAGAACUUAAUGAGCCAGGAAAUGAGUUUUGUCCCCUGUGGUUUGCUGAUCAUCUCUAGAAGCUGGGCUGUGGACAUGGACCUGGAAGAGAAGCAGGGAGUCAUCUGUGAUGCUCUGCUGAUUGCAAAGAAUAGCUCCCCCAUCCUCUACACCAUUCUUGAGGAGCAGGAUGAGGGGGGACAGGACUAUUGUACCCACACUGCCUUUACUCUCAAGCAGAAGCUAGUGAACACUGGUGGCUACACUGGGUGGGUGUGUGUCAUGAGCAAGGUUAUCUGCCUGAGUUCUGAGAGCAAUGUAGACACCAGUGAGUGGCCAGCCUCUCCUUUAGAUUACCCAUGCUCCUACAAGCUUGCCAACACCCAGGAAAUGGAAGCCUUGCUGCAGGCCCUUGUGAUUGUCUUGCUCAACUUCAGAUCUUUCUUGAGUGACCAGCUUGGCUGUGAAAUUUUGAAUCUUCUCACAGCCCAACAGUAUGAGAUAUUCUCAAAAAAUCUCCGCAAAGCCAAGAAACUGUUUGUGCAUGGCUUGCCAGGGUCAGGGAAGACAAUCAUGGCCAUGAAGAUCAUGGAAAAGAUCAGAAACACAUUCCACUGUGAAACAGAUACAAUUCUCUACAUCUGUGAAAAUCAGCGUUUGAGAAACUUUAUUGGGGCAAAAAAUAUUUGCCAGGCAGUGACCCGGACAGCUUUCAUGAGAAAUGCAUUUAAGACAGACAGGAUCCAACAUAUCAUUGUUGAUGAAGCCCAGAAUUUCCGCACUGAAAAUGGGAACUGGUAUAAUAAGGCAAGAUUCAUCACUCAGAGAAACCAAACUUGUCCUGGAAUUCUCUGGAUCUUUCUGGACUAUUUUCAGACCAGCCACACACAACAGAGUGGCCUACCAAGUUUCUCAUGCCAGGAUCCAAAGGAAGAGCUCACAAAAGUAGUACGCAAUGCAGACAGAAUAGCUGUGUUCUUACAAAAGGAGUUACAGGAAAUCAGAAAUAACCCUCCACUCAGGAUCCCUCCCAAGUGCCUGAAGAUAAUCAAUGAAUUUACCUGGGCUCAAGGUGUAUCAGGCACCUUUAAGCUCAAACACUUGAGCUUGGGGGAGAUGGUGAUCUAUGUAGCAGACAGGUGCAAUUAUUUCCUGAGGAAUGGCUACUCUCCCCAAGAUAUUGCUGUGCUUUUCAGCACAGAGAAGCAAAAGAAUAUACAUAAAGGUGAGUUCCUGAGAGAAAUGAGGAAGAAGAGAGUGUCUCAGAUGGAUGAUGUCACGUUUGACAGCAUCCGCCGAUUCUCAGGCCUGGAAAGAACUAUUGUGUUUGGUAUUGAUCCCCAUUCAAUUGAGCGGGACAUUUCCCACAACUUAUUGCUCUGCUUGGCCUCCAGAGCAAGGAAGUAUCUGUAUAUUCUGAGGCUUCCUGGUCAUUUUGCUCCUGUUGAUGUAGCUCAGUAGUAGAAUGGGAUGCUUGGGCUGGA